UCCCCGUGUCCUCCCCGCCAUGGCCGCCCCCUGAGAUGCUUCUGCCCCGCUGGGUGACCUGAGGAGCGUGAACGUGCGUGUGGAGUUGCUGUCACCCCACGGCCAGGAUGGUGGCAUUCAACUGGAAGGCUCUGGAGAAUUUCCCACUGCUGAUGUACAUUUUGGCAGCCAAAACCUUGAUCCUUUGCUUGGCGUUUGCUGGGGUGAAAAUGUACCAGAGCAAAAAAAUUGAGGAAAAGCUGAAGAGGGAACGGGAGGAGAAACUGAAAAGAGAAGCAGAGAAGGAGGAUUGAAGAGUCCCUCAGAAUUCCUGACACUUGGCAGCUGGCACUGGAUUCCUU